AUGGCAGGGCCUGUCUCUCUUUCCCCGAAUAUUCAAGCUGUAGGUAGCGGUAGUACCAUGUUGGAUUCUGUGGUGCCGAACCUUCGAAACAUCAUACAAGCUCUUGAUAUCAUCCACAGCCCAACUUCAACCAACGCCAUCCGGCAACAAGCUUCCGAAUUCCUCGAAUCUCAGAAACAUGCAAAGUCAGCUGCUGAUACUGGCUAUGCAUUGGCAAUAGAGAAGAUUGAUUCUCCUAUCCUCCGCCAUUUCGGUCUGUCAUUACUUGAGCAUUUUCUACGGCAUAACUAUUCACAUUUGUCUGAGGAAGAACAGGAAAGUGCCAAAGGGAAAAUCAUCCUUUUGGCCAAAUCGAUCAGUCCCCAGGAUGAGUCGUUUAUCGGCAACAAAGUGGCGCUUCUAUGGGUAGAAGGAGCAAAGUGUAGUUGGGGCGCUGGUAAAUGGACGGAGAUGGACGCCGAUUUGAUUCAGAUAUGGAAUAUGUCUUGGGCACAUAAGAAACUAGUCCUUUCGAUUCUAGAAACUCUAUCCGACGAUAUUUUUAAUCACGACGAUAAAACUUCGUCAUCGCACGAAACUCCUCUCCAUCGCGCACUUGUUGAAAUAGUUCCACCUAACUCAGUCUUCGAAGAAUUGCAUCCCGGGAGAGAUCACCACACUGAGCUACGCUAUCGUAGCCACGAUAGCCGUGGGUGGCUGUUCAUGACAUGCGACCUUUUGAGCGAAUGCCUAAAUAACAUCCAAAGCUCACGCGAAGCCAAAAUAUGCGCCAUACAAGCACUAGCGACCUUGCGAUCACUAAUAUUGUGGUCGAAUCCUUUGGCAAUAUCGAGAGCUAUGUGUGUCGAAAUGAUUUUCAAAGCAUUAGUGGUCCAGGACGAUGAUAUUCUUAUGCUGAUAUCGUAUAUUGCCGGAUUCCUUGAGGAGAAGAACUUCGAUUUCCAUAAGGAUAUCGAUUUGGCAACAUUCUUUCCAUUUCUUAUGAACAUCCUUCAACAUCCCAGUCUGACUGUGUCGAUACCCAUACUCCAUUCAUGGUCCAGACUACUAGCGUUGAGCAAAAUCACAGGCUUGGAUGUAAUCCACAGACUUAUCGCGCCAAUACUUGAAACAUGCACUCAACGUCUUGUGCGCUACGAAACUUUGCCCGAAGACAUUGAUGACCCGACGAUUAUAUUUCUAAACGAGGACAUCGACACCAUACCGGAGAGGCAUGCAUUCGUUGGGAACUACCGGCGAUACUGUGCUCAAACAAUUGAACUAAUAGUGUAUCGAUGCCCACAUGAUGCGAUCCCACAUAUUCUCGCUCGAGCGGAUUAUGUCUUGAACAAUCUAUAUAAUGCAACCGCUCCUUUCAAUCCUACAACCUUUAAAAAACACUCCCUGCCUUUGUUGCAAGCGGAUACUCAGUUCACUGUCGUUGAAGCUACCCUAAGGGGCUUCAGCAAAUGGGUGGAGGCGCAUGGAAACUCUCCACAACAGGAUGAACAGCAACGACUGGGACUGGAAAGUUCUUUAGAGUCGUGGGCGCUCAACUUAAUGCAAAAGAAUUUUCAAGAUCCGGUUGUUAAAGAACGAGUCAUAAGGCUUUCCGUUGAUUUUUGUUACAAAGCGUUGAAGAACAACCAAAGUUUCGCUCUUAAGGUUCUGGAGCAUAUUCUAACAACGAGCCUUCCCGACCUUCCAGAAUAUCCUGCCUACUCUGAAGCUGUGAAGGAACUCCACAAUACGGCUACAUACGAAGUACGGCGGUUGACCAUACGCUACGCCGAUUAUUUUUCGACGUUUUAUGAUGUUCUAGAACAAAAAAUUCAGGAGAUUGUUUCGAUGUCCAGCGCGGAAGACAAGCCCCAAAUGGAGCUUUCUUCGAUCCUUCUCAUUAUUAUGCAACGGGCGCCGCAGGUGGACCCUACUCUACGGCAGUCUCGACUACGAUUGUUUAUUGAACCCAUUAUACAAUCAUGGAGUAGCGGGGAGUUCAGGCAAAUUUCAGCAUCCUUCGGGGGGUUCUGUCAGCUGCUUGGAUUAGACCAAAUUUGGCCAUAUCUACAGCGUGUCCAAGCCCAGAAAGUGGAGGACUGGUCCAUGAUACCUUUGGAUGAGGAGGGGAGGAAAAUACAAGCCCACAUGACAUCAAAAUUCCAGGUACUACGCCAUGAGUUCACACCAUCAUCAAAAGGACUUCGAUUAACAUCCUUAGCAACUCCCGCUGCGAAUGACGAAAACAAUGCUAUCGGUAUCCACAGAGAAGCUACAAACCACCGACCCAGCAUACUUAAUUGCGUGCGAUUUAUGGCGCGACUCAAUCCCCCUUAUUCUCCCGACAUUGCUCCAGCUUUUGAGGUUCGCAACGUAAUCCUUCCAAUCUAUGAACAUAAAGCUAACCAGCUGUUAAGCCAUGCACAUGCCUUUCACAAUUCAGAAAAUUGUCCUGGACUACCACAAGAUAUGGCCCCACUUGUUGGACGGAUCCUCACAGAUCGGUUUUGGCAAGCUGGUAUCUCAAGUGGCAGCAAAGAAGAUUUCUAUGCGCGCAUAACUACGUCGAAAUCCACACUCGAGGGAUUUUCAUCCUCUGUUCGAGGGAAAGUGAGAGCUGUACGAGAAGCUUGCUAUUCCAUUCUUUACAGCAUGAGUAGACUCCGGGAGCACUUCUACUCCUUUGAAGAACUCCCUGUUCCCUUGUCUCAAGCAUUAUUUAAAGAUGCAACAUCACUGUCCUGCCAUCAGCUGUCUGUGCUGCUCAAUGUUUCCCGCUGUAUCGUUGACGAUUGCCCCGCAAGAUAUCGACGCCAUUUCUUGCCUCCAAUCUUAUCUGCUCUAUUCAUUCAAAUCGACAAGAAGAUUACUGCGGAGUGGGACAUGAUAGAGCAUCGAAAGGCUGGGAUGGUGGAGUCAGAUUUGACGGUAGAAAUGAAAGAUGAAAGCAUACUCCGCCAACUAACUUACUCCGUGGUCAUCAUGGUGGCGAGCCUUCUUGACCCACAGCGGGGAGAUCCGGAAAAGGCUACCGACCCAAGUAAACAAAAUGGCACUGCGAACCAACCUUCCCCCGGCGACUCCAUACGCCGCUUCAUUCUUUCAUCCCCCCAAAUUCUCGAACCGGUAAUUCUCUUCUGCACACACGCGAUCCGCAUGAAGGACACCCGUUGUUGUGCCAUCAUAACUCGUGUCAUCCGAUCUAUUCUCGACGUAUUCAUUCUCGAAAUCGAUGAUCCCACCGCGAAGAGUAUCCGCGAGUUCAUCAGUACAGAUAUCCUAAAAGCAUGUAUCACAUCCGUCCACGAGCCCUAUUUUGUUGACAUGCAAAAGGAACUCGCGCAACUUAUUGCUUCAAUUUGGAUAGUAUAUGGGGCUACCAGCGACACGCCGACAAAGAUCAUAGAAAGCCUACCUGAUAUGUCAAAAAGCAAGGUCGCGGCUACAUAUGCCGGGCUCCGGGAGUCACGGUCUAGUCGCCAGCAAAAGGUUCUAGUCCUUGGUUUAUUAGAGGGCUUGCGGGGUGUAAGCAUUAGCGAACAGGGGCGCAUUGCUGGCCCCCCGCCUGUUCGAAGGAAGCCUAAAUCUGCACUCCAGGAACGUUACACGACGGAAAUGGAAGGACAAGAAGGAGGGAAAGUCGAUAUCAAUAAUGGCCCGGAUUUAACAGGAGUGGCAGAUAUGUUUUCCUUAUGA